AUGCCAAGACAAAAAAGAGGCCUAUCUCAGCCAAAAACAGCACAGCCUUCCAAACGUAAGAGGAGUGCAACAAAAAGCACACCCUGCACUGUGGUAAAUGAACAACAAACUGAAACCACCUCACCUGCAGCUAUGAACACCAAUGCCGUUCAGGUUGACUAUGUAAAAUUGGCAGCGGAGAUACUCAAACAACAAAACGCUGCAUCUCAACAGACUGCACUCAUUCGAGAUCCAUCAGACACCUCAGCUCCAUCCCCUUCAGCUCCGUCUACUUUGGCUCUGUCCACUUCAGCUCCGUCCACUUUGGCUCCAGCCACUUCGGAUCAACCCCCACCGGCUACAUCCUCAGCGUCACAGGCUGUGGAUCUAUUGUCUUUAAUUGACAAUGUUUUUAGUAGUAAAACAGGAGGCUGCCAGCAUUGCCCCAAAUCUGUCUUCAAUACAAACAUUCAUUCCGUCUCACUUACUAGAGAUCUGAGUGCAUCCUCCCAACAUCUUCUUCAGGCUGCACUUUCAACAUCUUCAAGAGUGGCAUACCACAGAAGCUGGCAGCUCUUCCUCCAGUGGAAACCUUCAUUCACCUCAUUACCGGUGUCAGAGGUAGAUUUGUGCAAUUUUAUUGGAUAUCUCUUCUCAGAGAAUUAUGCCCCAUCCUCAGUAUCUUCACAUGUCUCAGCAAUAGGCUACCUCCACAAAAUCUGCAGCUUACCAGAUCCCACUGAAAAAUUCCUACCCAAAAAACUCCUGAAAGGAUGCCAUGCACUAGUGCCACAGCAGGACACAAGACUUCCAAUUACAACGGACAUCCUGCGUAAAAUUAUUCAGGCUAUUAACAUUGUUGAACCACUCUUAGGUAAUAGGUUACUACUUAAAGCCUUCUAUCUUCUGGCCUUUCAAGCUUUCUUAAGAAUAGGUGAACUCGCCACUCGUUCCGCUAACUCUAAUCAUGUAUUACAGCGUUCUGAUGUUAGCUUCAGAGUCUCAAAUGGCAUCUUAUCAGGGGUUACCAUUGUUAUGAAACAUUUCAAGAAUAACACUGAGCAGAAACCAGUUACUUUGCACCUUUCAAACAGCAGUUCCAUCACCUUCUGCCCUGUUAAGGCAUUGUAUGAUUACACUACUCACUUUGCUCACACUUCAGGGCCACUUUUUCAAUUCAUGAGUGGGGAACCAGUCACACACCAUUUUAUAAGCCAGCAGCUAUGCAAGUUAGUCUCAUUCAUUGGCCUUGAUCCAAAACUGUACAAAGGACACAGUUUUCGAAUUGGUGCAGCAACUCAUGCAGCAUCUCUGGGUUUCUCUGAAAACUAUAUUCAGAAGCUGGGUAGAUGGCGCUCGAAUGCAGUACGCAGGUACAUCCGCAUAUCUUCAUUUGAUAUAUAACCUCCCAAAAUCUAUUUAAAUCCACACCUGAGUUCAGCAUCUGGCUGCUCAUUUUUUGUGGAUGGCUAGCAGACCCCUUCCAUUCCUGAGUCCAGCAUUUGGCUGCUCAUUAUACCUGCAUACUUUAUACGAGUCCAGCUUUUUGCUACUUAUCUCAUUUCCCCCUUCCUUUCUGUGCUGGUCUAGCAGUUGGCUACCAGAACAUCCUCAUCCGUAUUUGUCUGCUCACAUAGUUUUGCCAUAUAUUUGUUUUGCAAUAUUAGAAUAUAAAUUCCUACUUCAAAACACAAGAGACAUGGUCAGCAGUUGGCUGCAUGUCUCAUAUCUAUUUUCCCAAUGUAAUAACCUUGUAAAUUUAUGAAUAACUAAACAUUUUUGUAGUAUUUUGCUUUCCCUUGCUGGCUAACCACACUCGAAUAGCUUACAGUUGACAAUUAAUGCCCUUGUUGCUUCAGUAUUUGUUAUUCAUCAGGAACACUUAGUCACAAAACAUGUAGCCAAAUAUGUGUAGUUCAUGUUUUAGUACUGUUUAUAUACAUGAUGGAAAAUUACUGUAUAAAAUUACUGUAAUUUACUGUCUGGGUAAAGUUGUUUUCUUUGGAUUUUCUUUUUUCCUUGUUUGGCGUCUAUCCCUCACUGCUUGAGGGCUUGUGGCGCAAUUGUUUGGACGCCUCCAAGGAUUAACUCAUUUAUGUUAUUUUUUAUGCAUAUGUAUUGUACUCUGAUAUUUUCACUGCAUGUAAUUUUCUAGUCAGUCUCAGGGGGAUCACACUUGUACCUAUCACCUAUGUACAUGUUUCAUCUUGUAGUGUUUAUUAGGUGAUCCCCCUUAAUAAUUUGUUAUACAUUUUACUUUACAUUUUACCUUAUGUCAUUCAAAUAAAUGACAUAAUCGACAAAACUGUAUAUCUGUGUUGGGUUAUUCUUUGCUGCCCUAUCAGGCUAAUUUCUCAUAGGAGGCAUAAAACAAUAUUAUCACAGAUAAUUCAAUUUAUGCCGCUAUGAGAAAUCUGGUAAAUUUUACACCGUCGGAUAGUUAUGGAUUUUUAAACCAAUCAAAUUCUUUGUUUUUGUUGCGCCAUUUCUGCAAAGCCUGUUUAGUGCAGUGAAAAAUAAAACCCACCACCCACCCUUUGCCAAAACUUGUUAUAUGGGUAUGUAUAUUGUCAAUAAGGCAUUAUGGGUUUGGUCUUGUAUUUUGCAUUCUAGUCAUAACUGUAGUAGUUUUCAAAUACCUUUUUCACAUGUUCCAUGUGAUCGGCGCAAUUGUUUGGACGCCUUCCAUGUGAUCGGCGCAAUUGUUUGGACGCCUCCAAGGAUUAACUCAUUUAUGUUAUUUUUUAUGCAUAUGUAUUGUACUCUGAUAUUUUCACUGCAUGUAAUUUUCUAGUCAGUCUCAGGGGGAUCACACUUGUACCUAUCACCUAUGUACAUGUUUCAUCUUGUAGUGUUUAUUAGGUGAUCCCCCUUAAUAAUUUGUUAUACAUUUUACUUUACAUUUUACCUUAUGUCAUUCAAAUAAAUGACAUAAUCGACAAAACUGUA